AUGGCGCCCCGCCUCAACAUGGCGCCCCGCCUCAACAUGGCGCCGCACAGGGAGGGGCUUCCGCAGGCGGGGGCGGGGCGGCGGCAGCAUGGCGGACGAUAAGGACUCGCUGCCUAAGCUGAAGGACCUGGCCCUGCUGAAGGGGCAGCUGGAGAGCCUGCAGCGGCGCGUGGAGGACGAGGUGCACGCCGGCGUGGGUCAGGGCGGUUCGCUGCUGGCUUCCCCCUUCCUGAAGGGCUUCCUGGCCGGGUACCUCGUGGCCAAGCUGCGCUUCUCGGCGGUGCUGGGCUUCGCCGUGGGGACGUGCACCGGCAUCUACGCCGCGCAGAACUACGCCGUGCCUGACGUGGAGAAGACGGUGCGGGACUACCUCAGCUCGCUGCGGAAAGGGGGGGACUAGCGGGGCGGCCUGGCGGCGAGCAGCGGGCUCCUGGGACGCGUCACACGCUGGCCCUGCCCGGCGUGCUUGGAGGGAGCACAGCGCGGUGGACCGCCGGCCACGCCCGCUCCCUCGGACCGUGCGGCUGCUGUGCCCUGCCCCACCGAGCAGUGUCGUGCCCGGAGCGUGCGGUGCAUCCUGGGGGAGGCUCCCGCUGCUCUCCUUCAGGAAGAGUACAGCUGAUCGCUUCCACUGCAUGGGGAAUGUACCAGGUAACGUCCUGUUGUCCUCAGGCUCAUUAAAUUCAUGGCGUUUGGUCUCUUUUGA